AUGCAUGCCACAGUCGACGAUCCACCUUCCUCCGCGACCGACAUCGCAGCGUACCCCGUGUCCGUUCAGUGCGCAUCUCCUCCCCCCGCGGAAGGCUCCCCCAAUGAACACGGGCCCUCUCCUCUCCGCCGCUUGAAGUCCAAGUCGUCUCUGUGGAGUAUAGGAAGCAGCAAUCACGAAGAGGAGCCCAUCUCCGAACCGUCCAGUGCGGAGAGAAAUACAGGCAAACAAUCUAUCUUCCGGCGCCUGUCUCCCGCCCUCGCGGCUCGGGUGAAGCUGCUCGACGGUAGCAACAAGGUCACCAGCGCGCCUCGGAACGCCAGCGCCGUCGGUCGGAUCCCUGAAGAACACCUGAAUCAGCUCGAUAGUCUGCACAGAGACCUCUCGAUCAAGGUUGAGAGGAAAGGCCAGACGUGGAAUGGUAUAUCCUUGACAUCCCCGGGAUCAGCAACCUCACAAUCAACAAAACGGAGCGCGUCGAACAAGCUUGAAACACCUAGCCAGGACUUUCUGCAGGAGCUCUCCGACGCGCGCGAGCAAGGGUUAGAUUAUACCGACGCGGUUGUCGACGGCCUGGCAUCACCUGUUCGGGUCAUUGCUCAUCCUCCGGUGACUGCUCCAGACGCAGAGACUAGUUCCCCGCCGACAUCCAUGUCCGUGGCGGAGCCGGUCCCCGCGCCGCUGCGCGUUGACUCUGAACUUGGAUCCCUGCCGGAAGACAAGGACCAGGAUAAUCGGACCGACUUUGAGAAGUAUGUCGACGACACCAAACGAAACGAGGAGCAAGCCGACUCCGCUCCCGAACCCCCGCCGAAAGAUGAUUCUCCUUCCUCCCCAGAAUAUACCCUUUCCUCAUCCUCAAACACACAAGCUUUCGACCCGAGAGAUCUAAACCGUGCUGAAUCCAUCUACUCUUUCUCCCGCGCCUCCUUCAGCAACCAGUUGUCCCAGCUUACAUCCAUUCCUCUUCCGCAACCAGGGGCCCUUGAGACGAGCAUCGGCAACAUUUCAACGGCACUCGCCGCCGUUCGUGCUUUAAAUGGUGCUGCAGAGCAGAUCCAGAUUUGGAUCAGGAAAGCGUCCGAUGUGCUCAGCGGCUUGGAUGCGGAAGAUGAUGUUGAGUGGGCAGCGGCGGGUGGCCGCGAGGGACUGGAGGGAGUGGACAAGGCCAUAACUCGAUUCGAGUCUUUGGUAAACGUAUACGUAACGGCUAUUGAGAAAGUACAACUUCGAGCAGACAUCGGCAAUGUUGAUUCUGCGAAUUUGAGGACAAUUGUCAGUCAAAUGGAGAGUAUCCUGCAGAAUUGGGCACAGAUCAAGCGCAAGCUUGGGGGUGUGAAGGAGCAAGUGGAGCUGGCUAUGGAGUGGGAAGAGCUUUGGUCCAAUGUUCUGGGUGAUGUGGGCAUGGAGAUUGAUAACCUCAGCGGCAUGAUCUUCGAGAUGGAAGAGAAGAGACAUCAGGCUCUCUUGGAUACGGGCGAGACCACUGGUGGACUUGAUAUCAACGAGCUUGAAACAAUUGUGGAGGAAUCGCCCUCUAAGGGACGCUCACCUGGGAAUAACCGGUUAAGCAUCGGUCCCCUUCUGGCCGCGGCCUCUGGCACCCCUGUGAUCAAAACACCACAAGAUGAUUCAAGCCACUCCAACCUAAUGGCUUUGUUUGCGCGGAUGCAGCCUCUUCGAGCAUCUUUGGAUUUCCUGCCUAUGAGGCUUUCAAUGUUUCAGUCUCGCGCCAAUGCAGUUCUCCCCAGUGCUUGCGAGGAACUGGACGAUCGACGAAGUCGGUUAGAAAAGAGCUAUAAGGUGCUUGAGCAAGAUGCGGAAGCCUUGCGAAAGGAGUUGGGUGAAGACAAGUGGAUCAUUGUGUUCCGCAACGCCGGAAGCCAAGCUCAGAAGAUGUUCGAUUCGGUCGAGCGUAGCAUUUCCAAGCUACAGGAAGGCUUGGAGACAAACGCACAGGUGAAUAACCCUGGAACUUUAACGAAACGAAUCGAAAACUAUGAGGCGAAAAAGAUGCACUAUGUGCCUGCAAUCGAGCGCGUGAUUUCAAUCAUUCAGAAGGGAGUGAAUGACCGUUUGACUGUUAAUGGUGAGGUUCUGCGACUACUAUCGGACAUGACGUCGCGUACAAAUGCUUUGAAGGCCAGCCUGAAGGUGAUGGAUGCGUCUCUUGAAGAUGUACAGAUCUUCAAGGGUCAUCAACUGCGUGAUUCCAUUUCCAGCAUGGCUACAAUGGAUAGCCCAGUCACGGGUAGUGCCAUUGAUACACCCGGGAGUUCACCUGCGUCAUCAGUUGUUCUUAGUGGUGGUAGCGGGUAUAAGGGUAGUUCGACACCUUUGGGCUCCAGUCGCCGCGAAAGCUCCGCCGGUAGCUCCACAGCUCGCUCAGCCAUGCCAAACGUCCGACGAUUCUCUGGCGUGCCACAGCCAGUAACUGGCCGCAAGUCGUCUAUUCCUAAACCAUCGGGACUCACGUCUCCGACGCCAGGGAAGACAAGUUUUGCCGUAACGCCCACGCCAUCUGGAAGACGGAUGUCUCGUGUUCCACAGCCAUCUCCAAUACCCAAUCGCCCAAGAUGGAAUCUUAGUACCAACACAAAUGACUUGAACACAUACCAGCCUGUCGGCGCUACUACACCUGGACAUCGCAACUCGUCUGCCCCGGUGCGCACACCUAGACCGGCAUCGACACUUCCGUUCCGACGUGACAUGUCUGCCUCGCCGGCACCUAGCAGUGGCCGGUCUAUGAGCCGCCUGUCAACCCGAUUCGCAUCCUCGUCUCGCAGUCCCGUGCGCAACUUGUCCUCUCCUACACCCCCCGAUCAUCUUUGCUGGAUCCCCCACCAUAUAGCCGUCUUCGACGGCCGUCGAAUAUGUCCAGUUCCGGAACUGCGGGCAUAG